AUGCCCAUGAUCGCAGAAGAUAUGGUCGAUCGAAACAUGAGGAAGUUAGAUCUCGCCGCUCUGCUUGCGAUUGCUACCGUAAUGGUCGUCUACCUUUCGGUCAUGGUCGGUCCCUAUUACGCUUUUGGCGAUGCUAUCGAAUCGAAUUUCUAUCUCAACUUGCCGGUCUCUAACGUCGCCAUCCACAUCGGGUACAUUGCUUUGCCGUUUGCCGUGCUAACUGCAUUCCCAUUGCUCCUGUUCCCGGCCAGACAAUCAAUCUCGGGUGUCAUAACCUAUUUUCGCCCCAGCUUACAAGACACUCUUAAAUUGCACAUCGGGACAACACUGCUUUUCCUGGCUAUCUGCGUGGGUGUGGCAAUCAUCUUCGAGGAUCUCGGUGUCACUAUUCGGUUCAUCGGCAUCCUCGGCACCAACACCAUUGGGUUCGUGAUACCAUGUUUCGUCUAUCUCCAUAUUUGUUACAAUCCGUUCCCGAGCUCCUCCGAGCAGCCCGUUAAUGAAGAGGUGGGAGGAGGCUGUCCAGACGAUGUUAAGGAUGAUGAGCCAGAAGGGCACGUCAGCCUCCUCCAGAAGCUACGGAAUCAAACCCUCGAGUGGCACGGGGCGUUGGCGCUCUUCAUUGCCAGUAUUAUAUUCUUCCCCUUGGGUCUUACUGGACUGUUGUACGAUCUUACCACCAACUGA